AGCAGCCAGGGAGUGAGUGCAGGCGGGAGGUGGCCCCCAGCUUUCUGUGGACCAGGCCCAGGGUGGCACCUCGUUCUGCCCACAUUCCAGAGGCCAGCACCCAGCAGUCAUGGUCAUGUGGCGCUGUGGGGGAGGCUGGGACAUGGAGUCCGCCUGUGAGUCCAGGAGUCAAGCCAUCGCUCUGCAGAGCCCUUUUUUUUUUUUUUUUUUCGGAGUCUUGCGCUGUGGCACAGGUUGGAGUGCAGUGAUGUGAUCUCAGCUCACUGCAACCUACACCUCCUGGGUUCAAGCGAUUCUCCUGCCUCAGCCUCCCAAGUAGCUGGGAUUACAGGUGCCAGCCACCAUGACUGGCUAAUUUUUGUAUUUUUAGUAGAGAUGGGGUCUCACUAUGUUGGCCAGGCUGGUCUCGAACUCCUGACCUCAAAUAAUACGCCCCCCACAGUCUCCCAAAAUGCUGGGAUUACAGCGCGAGCCACUGCGCCUGGCCUGCAAUGCCUUUCUUGAUCAUGGAGCUGUCAGGCCAGGCUUAGGAUAGGAGUCCUGGCAGCCCAGGGGCACCUGAAAGCAGCACGAUGCAGGGUCAAGGACCAUCCCAGUGGGGGUCAGGGCAUGAACUGGCCUGAGAGGCAGCUCUGCCCUGUGGGAGGCCAUCGAGGACAGGAGCUGGGAGAGGAGUGAGUAGGCCCAGCCUUGUGUCUUGGCGCUGCCCCAUAAGCCAGAGACACUGGUGGAAGUAGGCUAAGGAGGAUGAGGGGAAGGCCCUAGGGAAAGGGGCCUUUAUAUGACCCCCUCCAAUGAACCCCUGCCUGACCCCAUAGAAGAACCCCUGGGCUGAGGCCUGUCCUGCGUCUGGCUCAAAGUAGAGUGUCCCCAAAGCCAGCUGACUCUCAGAACUCUGCAGCUGUGCCCAGGCCCCACGCACACAAUAUGACCUGUGCUCACACACCUGCGCUAGGACGAAAGCGCUUUCCACUCCUGCCUGCUGGCACACAGGAGGCCCAGACUCACCUGUCCUGAUGCCUGUGCCCAAGUACACUGCUCACAUGCCCAUGCACACUGCCAGCCUGUCCACCCUGGGUACUGCCACCUACGUUUGUCACCCCUUCCAGGGUCUGGGCCAGAGGAAGAACUGAUUCCAGCACCUUCUCACCCCUGACUAAGGCUUAGAGCUCAGGCCCUGUACUUAUCUCACACCCCAAGAAGGAAUGUCCCUGGACGGGACCCUCGCCUCAGAGCCUGCAGGCCGGCUCCCACUCCUGCAGCCCUCAGCCCUGCUUUCAGGUGGGCCUGUCUACGUCCCCCUCUGUCCUUAACUCCAGGAGACCUUAGCUCACGUGGACAGAAAUGGAGUAGGGGGAAAGGUCCUGAAGGCAGCCCCAGGCCUGACUGGGGGCCUCCAGCUACAGGCAUUUGUAUUUGGGCACCAGCUACCCCACAUCCCAGCCAGUCAUCUCUAGGCAUAAACCCCCACCCUCCAGAAAGGAGGCUUCCUGUCCCUCUUGGGCACCAGCUCAGCCAAAAGCCAGAAAGCUGCUCUGGAGCAUAACCUGACCCCCCACGGCGAGGUAGGGCAGUCUUCUGGCUGGCACUGCUCUAGUCAUAGAAUUGACCCCUCAUCCACCUUUACCCCAAACAAGAAGUGUCUCCCUGGGUGAGGACAAAGUGGGGAGGGCAAUAGGGCUGGGGCUUAGAGCCCCUCCACCAGCCAUCCAGGGCUGUCUUCUCAGCUCCUCCCAGUGCAGCACCGGUGCCACUUUAGUAUUUAGUAGGCCACCCCCAGGGCCUCCAUCACCACAGUGCAGAACUGGAAGCCACAAUGCUUUGAAUAGUUGACGCCUGUGCCUCCUGGGAGGUCUUUGGGCAGCCCUGUGGAGAGUGAGUGAGAGGAGAGUGUGUUCUUACAUGCACAUGUUCAGGCUGAUGGCAUGGGACUGUGACCUGUCCGGUCACACAGGGUCUCAAACUCCAAGGAGCCCCACACCUGGUUUAAUGCUCUGCUGUUGCCCUCUUGCUGAUGCCCUUAUUUUUUUAGAGACAGAGUCUUGCUCUGUCGCCCAGGCUGGAGUGCAGUGGCACAAUCAUCAUUCACUGCAGCCUCGAACUCCUGGGCUCAGGUGAUCCUCCCCGUUUCUCUCCAGCCUCAGAAGUAGCUCCCACCCCACCCAGCUAAUUUUAAAACUUUUUGAGAGAUAGAGUCUCACUAUAUUGCCCAAGCUGGUCUCAAACUCCUGGGCUCCACUGGGUGCAGCGGUGCUAAGAGGGAGUAGGGGACAUGAGAUGGAAGGGCCUUGUUAUAGGAGGAAGAGCCCUGAACUAAGAAUUGCAAGAGGUGCUGAGGCCAAAGAGUCCGCGAGGAAAGGGCGCGCAGCUCACGCCCCUCGGCCUGCGGAAGGGAGGGCAAGGAGGAUUCUACGGUUCCUGGGAGGACGCGAAGAGCCAAGAGUCCCGGCGGGCCGGCGCCUGGGUAAAGGCCCCGAGGCGGGGUCCCCAUCCCUGGAAGGGCGGCGUCCACACUCCUGAGAGGCACGGGGCGCCCAGGGCUUGGACGCUGAAAGCCUGCCGGCUCCUGCAGCUUCUGGGAGCCAAAGAGUGUCAGCCGGGAGGAUCCCGCACACGGCGCUUAAUUCAGGAAGUUGUCAUGAAGUGCCUAGCACAGUAGGCACUCAGUAUGGAGAGACUUGAGGUGAUGCAGCGGCCACCCUUGCACUGGACCCUGGGAACAGUGGUGGAUGGAAGAGACAAUGCCCAGCCCUCAUGGAAGUGGGGAAGGGCUCAGCAGCCCCAGCACCUUAGAGUGCAGCCCUGGGUCUCAGCCACCAUCUCCAGGACCUGCCAUCUCCCUGGCUCCUCCAGACCUGGACCCGGAGGCAGUGCGUGGGGCCCUCCAGGAAUUCCUGCAGGAGCUGCAGAGUGCCCAGAGAGAAUGGGACAAACUUCGGACCCAGACCAGUGCCCUGAAUUGCCAGCUGGCCGAGAUGGAGGCUGAGAGGGACAGCGCAACCUCGAGGGCCAGGCAGCUGCAGAAGGCGGUGGCUGAGAGGACCUGCUGCAGCUGGGAGGGGAGCUGGCCCGGACGUCACGAGCUGUCCAGGAGGUGGGCCUGGGACUGAGCACAGGCCUGCAGCGGGCAGAGAGCUGGGCCGAGGCAGCCCUGGAGAA